UCAUCAUAAAAACUGUUCAAAAGUGAGAAACAUUUGUGCAAAACAUAGAAAUGGCACCGCGCAAGCGAAAAGUGGUGGUAGCUGCACCCGUUCCUUCGCCGGAAAAGGUGAAAUUUUCCACGGCCGUUAUGCAGACGAUGCUAAAUGCGCAAGCAAAAGAAACGACGCACCCCAAGCUGAUCAACCAGCUUAAGCGACUGUACACGUCCGUGCCGCACGAUUCGUUCAUGAAAUCCUUCCUCCAGGUCAUCAAACGACAGAUGCAACACGAAGAAACAAACGAGUAUGCGAACAACGUGCUAAAGUUCUGUGCCAAGUUCGUCGCCGAGCCCGAGUACAGCGAGCAGUCGGUAACGCACCCGGUGAUGGAAUCGAUCUUCAACUGGUUGCUCAGCACCAUCAGCGGCGCUCCGUUGGUACGGUUUCGCAUUUGCCAACUGGUGAACCUGAUCUUGAACGCGCUGGGAUCCGAUGCCACCCUGGACGACACGAUUUGUGACAAAAUUUUGCGCUACAUGCUCGAACGGAUGCGAGACGUAUCGCAGCAGGUGCGCGUGCAGGCCGUGCUGGCUCUCCAGCGGCUGCAGGAUCCGAGCAGUCCGGAGGAUACCGUCGUUCGCGCGUACACCUACCAUCUCGACAAGGACCCGUCGGCCAAGGUGCGCCAAACGAUCAUUACUUGCCUGGGGCGCAACUAUCGCUCGAUUCCGAACAUCCUCGAGCGGCUGUGGGACGUGGAUGACCGCGUCCGGCGCCACACAUACAUGCAGAUGAGUAGCUUCCCAGUUCGCCAGUAUAAGGUGGCGCAGCGGCUCAAGUUCCUCGAGCAGGGCCUCAGUGAUCAUUCGGAGAGCGUACGCAAGGUGGUGCGGAAUGUAAUGAUACCGCAAUGGGUCGAAUCGUAUCAGCGCGACUGUGUGGCGUUUGUCGAGGCCCUUAAGCUCGAUGCCGAUGAGCAGGAAAUGGAUCGCUUUCGUAAAACAUCGAAAAUGGCUCUUAGCGAAAUCUUCAGCAAAAACGGCGUGAAGGAAAUGACGGAGAUAUUGCAGUUUAGCGAAGAAAACAGGACCGUCGCCCUGGAUCAGUUGACCAUUGAGCGCGCCAUUUGCUGGCAGGCAAUGUUGGAACACAUCCAAAAGACUAAGCCAGACGAGCUGGAAGAUUACAUGCCAGAGUUGAGCAAAUUUUGCGAGUACCUCAAACUGUUAGUUGAAAAUCCCGGCAUGGCCGCGUUCGUAAAGUGCACAAACAGCAAUACGACGAACAUCAGCAACCAAACGUCCCCGGGCCAGCCGGACGGGAUGGACAAACUGCAACAACUUUACUACCAGUACAUCCUGUUGACGCUGCUGGAGAUUGUCACAAUGUACGACUUUGGCGACGUGUUUGGGUGUGACAGCUUGAAGCUUGUGCUGUCCGGUAUCCUGUGUAGCGAGACGCUCAACGAGAUGAACGUAAAGAGCAUAAUGCAAACGUUCGAAAAGCUGCUGCCGGACGUUGAGACACGGUUGAAGUUUUUCGUCGACCUUGUUAACUCCAUACUCGAGCCAUCUCGCCAGGACGUCUCAAAUAGUUCGCGCGUUCUCGUCGAAUCCUAUCUCGAGCAGCACCCGGAGCAGACGGCGCUGAAGAUGAAAAUUUCAUCUUUGCGCCUGAAGAUACUCGACCUGAAAGAGCAGGAAACGCUGCUUGUACAGAAGAAGGACUAUGCCGGCGCGCAGUGCGUCUCGGAAAAGCUGAACCAGUGCAACGAAGAGUACGCCAACCUGGUGAAGCCUUUGCUGCAAGAGAUGACGACGUCCAUCUCGAACACGACGGGUGAAUCCAGUUCGACGCUGGUGUUUCGUGACUCGAUAUUAAAGCCCAAACGGAUGACACAAGCGACGAUCAUCAAGUGUCUGCAGGUGUGUUUCUACCUCGUCAACAGUACGACGGUGCGCGGACUCGACCCAACCGUUUGCGAUCUGUACAAGUCGUUUAUCAGCCGGUACGUGCAAUCGGCCCAGUUGCACACCCGAAACUGGGCCCUUCGGGCGUCCACCGCGUUCAGUAUGCUGUACGAUGGGCUGAGCAAAGAUACGUUUCAAUUGCUGUACCAGCAGUUCCUGGAUACGGCAUCGACGCGCCUCUGGAAGACGGCGAUCGAGGGCGUGUUCGAGCUGCUCGAUCGGUACGGGUUCGAGCACUUCGAUCUCGACAAGGACGAUACCGCGAAGGACGACUCGUCACGCACGAACAAGAGCUCGCGCCAGCUGUUCAACCGGCACAGCGUCGGCUAUCCGGACGAUCUGUCGUCCUCCACCACGUGCAACGGUAAUGAAUUUUACAAAAUGUCCAUCCACUUCAUGGAUACCUGUGACGACAACGUGAUCUGCUCGACCAUCAUCGAAGGCUUCUGCCGGUUGAUCCUGCACGGCCACUGUACCUCGCCGGACAUCGUGUCCAAGCUGCUGUUGCGCUUCUUCAAUCCAACCACCGAUCCGGAAACGCAGCAAGUGCUCGGAAUCUUCUUCGAAGCGAUGAUAAGGAAAAAGCGUCAGGAGCUGCUGCAGAAGGCACUGCUGCGGACGCUCUUUGCCGUGCUGGAGGCCCCGAACGAGAGCCCACUGGCCGAGGUGCACCCGGAGACGGUGGUAAAGUUCGUGAUCAACUCGACGCAGCCAAUUUUUUGCAGUCCGGGCGUCAAUCCGCACAAUGCCAUCGCGGUUACCUUCCUGCGCGUCGUGCAUGACAAUCUGACGCUCAAGGAUCUGCUGCGAAUACUCAGUAAUCAGCUGCUCGUGCUCGACAUUACGGAAGAUCCGGCACUGCGCGGUGACCUCGCGAGUGCGGUCAAUGGUAUACUGCAGGAGUCGAAUCUCGACCCGAAAAUUGUGAAAAAACUAUCCACCUUCCGCGAGAUGAUGUUGGGCAAAAUCCGCGAGCCACUUUCGUUUUCUUCCUCGCGCGCUCCAACGACGCUGACGACGAGUGCGACCGAACUCGGUGAAGAGGCCAUCGAAUCGCCAUCGACUGAAAAGGAACCGAGGGAAGCUGAGCAAGACGAUGACGAUGAUGAGCUGCGGGAGGAAGAGGAGGAAGAGGACGAAGACGUAGAAGUGGAUAGAUCAAGCGAUCGUCCGAAGAUCAACAAAUCCAUCCUCCAGGAGGAUUCCGACGCGGAUCUGCUAGCUUCGCCUAUGAAAGCGGCCGAUGUUCCAAACACCCCAUCAUCACCCGUUCCGAUGACGACCCCUCCCCAGUUAGAACGUUCGGAAAGUUCGAUGAAGUCUUUGCGUCGCUCGCUAUGCUUUGGUUCCUGUCCACCACCAAAGGGACCUCCGAAAACGAGCACCAUCCCCGCUCCUUCAUCGGAAGGAACGUUCAAGGUGCCCGAUGCGCCUGCGUUGCGCAAGAUCCGUGGCCGAACAAAGGAACCGUCCACAAGCAGUGCAAUGAAAGACCGGACAAUGCAACAAGCACAGAAAGAGAAAGACAGGGAGCAGGUGGAAGAAUUUGAGAUUCCUGCUACACAGGAAGCUGAGGACGAUCACUCCAGCGGGAACUCCCAUGAAACGGACAGUGACAGCGAGAUUCCAGAAACGCAGUCCACUCCGUUAACGACCGGUCGGAAAAAAAGUAUCACGGGUCGGACAAGUGCGCGCCGUAACGCAUCGGCCGCCGGCAAAAGAUCGGAUUCGACCAGCAGUAGUUCCACGAGCGAAUCAACGUCGGAUGGGGAGGUCGUUAAUGGGUCGCCGAACGUAACGGUAAGCCGAAUAGAUCGUUCCGCGCGUCCGUUGAACAAGGUGGCGGCCAAAACGUUGUACGAGCGGAGUAUCGCGACACCUGGAACGAUGCCGCGCAUCACUCGCCACGUCAGCCGACAGCAAACGAUCAACGGUAAGGUGAUGACGCGCAAGUCACUCUCGGCAUUCGGUGCUGCAUCGCCAAAGCUGCCCGCCAGCGAAGGUGAACGCAAAUCACGUGCGAGACAAUCCAACGCCAAAACACCCUCCCACCAAACGGCCAAAAAGCCGACGAAAACGGCCGAAAAGGUGUCUACGCCAGAUCGUCCCAGCCGAGCCUCGACUUCUCGACGCUCGAAAAAUGUGGACGAACAGUCACCGUCACCGUCGGCUUCCGCUUCCAAAACACAUUCGACCACGACGAACGUCCCGUCGGGAACACCGUCUUCGAGUCUCCCAAAAACGCCCACCCGAACGUCGGCAAGAGGGGGGAACGUCGGCUCUAACGUAGCUCAGCCAGCAGCCGUAUCUUCUCCCGGGAAGCGAUUCCGUGACCGUAAGCCACCGGCAACCGAUGCCAACAGCAGCACCGACAGUGGGACGUCCACGUCGAGCCCGAUUAGGUUGAAGCGAGCUGCGGUCGUACUGACACCGCUCAGUGUCGCCAGCCAUCGCCAUUCGAAACACCGGGAAGGUAUCACCGGCGCUAUAACCAGCACCAGUACGCCAAUCCAGACCACUUCACCCCGCAGCAGACCGAGCCGGAAGUCUGUGUCGCGGAAGUAAUGGCUAUCUGAAUUUUUGUACUAUCAAUUUUAUCUACUUACUUUCGUAUAAAUGAUUUUUUUAAGAAUAAUAUGUAGUUGUGCAACAAAAGGUAAAUGAAUAAAAUACAUUUUUACUACGAAAGAUCGUCGACCGUAUCAUUAAGCAAUUUUAGUUGUAACUCAACUGUUUGUAACUGGGGAAAUCAUUGUACAAAAUAAUCAGAAUAAACAUGGUAGGCGCUUCCUUUUUCUUCGGAUGCGCACACUUUAUGCCGCAGGGCCGCGAUCUAA